UGUUCGUUAUUACGUUCGGGUUUUGAGAUUUAGCUUAUACAUAAGCUGCAUAAUACAUAAGCGUUUAACGACACGGGGUUUAACCUAUGAACUUUCCUGCUGGUGAAGUAAACAAUUCAUCAGUAAAGUCAUUCAUUCAGCACGCGCGCGCUCACUCACGCACGCACGCACGCACGCACGCGCACAUUGCACCACAAGCUCGAGCGUGCAUUUUUUUCCUGUCAGUUUCUGUCAGAAACUCGGUUUAACUCGAACUAUACACGUAUCUGCUCAAAAUAGAUUUGUAAUAACAAUUUAGCUGUGUUUGUUACAUGUACAGGUUUGUUUUAGGAAAGUGAAGUUUGUUUUUCAGCUAGUAAACUGUAGCUGAGGGAAAGUCAGUGACAUGGAUGAAGAGUUCACUCCAUUAGACUGUCUUCUGUCCACAGGAACCCAAAAGAUUGGCCUGGUCAUCUUGAAUCAGCCGCUGGAACCUCACUUCUUCCAUGCGCUCUGGAAUAAAGCUGUGAUACGAGCAUGCGCAGACGGCGGAGCCAACCACCUAUACCGAAUGACCGAGGGCCAAAGGGAAAGCAGUUUUCUACCAGAUUAUAUAAGUGGAGACUUUGAUUCAAUUACACCUGAGGUCAAGAAUUUCUACUCAAAGAAGGAGUGCAAGCUGAUAUUAACCGCUGAUCAGGAUCUAACAGACUUCACUAAGUGUUUGACCCUAAUGCUGGACGAGAUCAAGGAGCGACGAGUGCAGGUGAACACCAUAGUCACGCUGGGAGGCUUAGGUGGGCGACUCGAUCAGAUCAUGGCUACAGUGGAGACGCUUUUUCACAUUCAGAAGAUGUCAGAGAUCCCUGUGGUGGUCAUCCAGGGUUCCUCACUGGCCUGUCUUCUACGAGAGGGCAGGAAACACCGGCUGUGUGUGAACACGGGAUUGGAGGCUGAGUGGUGCGGUUUGAUCCCAGUGGGCGGCUCCUGCCUCACCAGCACCUCAGGGCUCAAAUGGAACCUGGAUAAUCAGGUGUUGGAAUUCGGGAAGCUCGUCAGCACAUCAAAUACAUACGAAGAGCUUGACACUGAAAACGAGAGAAAACCUGUGACCAUCAGCACAGACAGACCUCUCCUAUGGACUAUGGGUAUCAAAACAGAGUAAAUAAAUCAAAUAAAUAGGAAGUUCAUACAUGUGCCUUAUGAUAGCCAUGCAGCUUUUUAAUGAAAAAAUAAAAAGACAAUUGACUUUUGA